GCGGGUUUGGGGUUUGGGAUUUUUUGGGAUUUGGGGUUUGGAAUUUGGGAUCGGGCCCGUCUGGUCCUUGCACUCCCCGAGCCGGAGGGGCCCGGGCUGCAGGGAAGCGCUCCGAGCUGCUUUCGCACACCUCGGGGACGGGCAAACUUCCACCUCAGGCCCUGCAGCGUGCAGGUGCUGCAGCUUCCCCCGGCCCUGAAGCCCUUCCCAGCCCUGACACUCUGUCCCAGGAGCACCCCCAGAGCUGCAUGAAGGAUCUGAAGUGGGUGAACCCAGAUCUGAUCUCUCUGCAGCUCACCAGAAUCCCCCCAGAUCUGCGGGUGCUGCGCCAUGUUCGGCUCCUCCCGGGGCGGGGUCCGGGGGGGCCAGGACCAGUUCAGCUGGGAGGAUGUCAAGACGGACAAACAGCGUGAGAAUUACCUGGGGAACUCGCUGAUGGCGCCGGUGGGACGGUGGCAGAAGGGCAAGGACCUGACCUGGUAUGCCAAGGGCAAGAAGGACACGGCCCCACAGUUAUCCCGGGAGGAAGAGCUGGCUGCUGUCCGCCUGGCUGAGCAGGAGGCCAUGAUGGCAGCACUGGGCUACAAGAACUUGAAGAGGCAGCCCACGGGCCUCAGCAAAGAGGACCUGGCUGAGGUGUGCAAGAGGGAGGGCGCCGAGCGGGACGACAAGGACGUGGAUCGGGUGGUGGGUUUGGGCAGCUCCAGUGGCAGCGCUGGCCGGGUGAUGCUCUCCAAGGAGGACAGAGAGGCAGCCAAGAUGGGGCUCUCAGUCUUCACGCACCAGAGAGUCUCCAGCAGCCCAGAGACAUCUGGCUCCAAGAAGAAGCAGGAAAAGGAGGAGAAGGUGGAGGAGAAACGACCUGAGAGCAGCAAAAAAUCCAAAAAGGAGAAAAAGAAGGAGAAAAAGAACAAGAAAAAGAAGAAACAUAAGAAGGAAAAGAAGAAGGACAAGGACAAGCAUUCCAAGAAGGAUACUACCCCCUCAUCCUCCGAUUCUUCCCAUGCUCGGGAUCAGAGGCACCAGCGCAGGAAAGCACAGCAGCACUCGGAGGCGUCGCGGCACGGGGGCCGGCGGCGGCGGGACACGGAAUCCUCAGCGAGCAGCGGCAGCAGCGGCCGCAGCCCCGCCCGGCGGCGCAGCCGGAGCAGGGACGGCCGCGCCCGCCACCCGUCCCCGCGGAGAAAGGGCAGGAAGAGGAGCAGGUCCCGCUCUCCCACGGCCCGCGGGGUCCGGCAGCGCCACGACACCGACUCGGAGGACUGAGAGGGAUCUGGGGGUUGUUUCAGGGAGAUUUUGCAGAGAUUUCUAUUUUUUAAGGUGAUGAAAUUAAAAAGGCCGCAGCCCCGCGGGUGCCGGGGCAGAGUGUGGCAAAGGGCAUUGAGGUGGUGCCAGCUGUGAGGGGCAGCAGGGGCUGGGCACCCUUCUCCUCACUCCCUAAAAUCCAUCCAGGCAGGAUUGAGCAUGGAGGAUGCUGUGGGUGGCAGCAGGGGCUGGGCACCCUUCUCCUCACUCCCUAAAAUCCAUCCAGGCAGGAUUUAACACAGAGGAUGCUGGUGCUGGGGUGGUUCUGGCUGUGGUGCUGAAAAUGCUGUGGAUACCUCGUUUAUGUACAGAGACUUUGGAAGAGAUUAUUAUAAUUAUUAUUAUUAUUCUUGUUAUUAUUAUGGGGUUUUGUCUUCUUUCUCUGCUAGCCAGUGCAGUGCCUGAUGAGUUUCUUGUGGGAUUUAAACCUCAGCCCAGGAUUGUUUCUGUUCCUGGCACACUGAAAGAGGGGGAUUUUACCCCAAUAAAUAGAAAUAUUGACCCCAAUGGAAGGGGGGUGUCCCAGCACUCCGCAGCAGCGCCGGGGCCGUGCCAAGCACGGGGUAAUUUGUGUAAUUAACGAUGCAGCUGAAGACAGGGAGGGUUUGUGUGUCUGGGUGGACAAAAGCCCAGUGGGACCGUGCUCAGGAGCUCACAAAGCCCUUCUGUCCCAACGUGCUCGGCCCAAGCAGCAGGAGAUGCUCACAGCCUUUGGUGAUCCCCACCCCAGCAGGAUUUUUGGCACAAGGACUCAGAGCAGCUGCAGCUCCAGAUCCAUCCCAGGGAUCCCCAGCACUCCCUGGCCAAGGGCUCUGCCCCUCCAUGGGAUUUUGGGAUCCAAAAUGAACACCCCAGAGCAGGACUGUGCCUAAUGGGAAUUGGUGAAGAGGGAGAUAAGGGGGAGCACCACAACUCCCUCCAUGGCUCCCACUGCCCAUCUUCAGCUCCCCAGCUUUGGGAUGGAUGCUGUGGCAGGGCUGGGCAAAUGGAGAGGGUGUUCCAGGGCUGCUCACCCCAAAACCUCCCUGUCCAGCUGCUGAAAAACUCCUGGGGGCCUGGGCAGGAUUCUCUGCCCUGGGCUGGAGCCACCAGAGCACAGCCCUGAUCCCAUCACCCCAUUCCCUGUUUUCCACAGCAAAUCCUGGAUGCAGAGGAGCAGCUUCCCAACCAGCUCACCCCUCAAAUUCAAUUCCCUCCAGAACAGAAUAAAGAGCUCUCCUGACCCAUUAGGGAUGCAAAUAUCCAGAUUCAGAGCUUGAAAUUCCAAGGUGGAUUUCUGAUUUGAUCCCAGUUUGCCCAGUGCCCCUGUUACCCACCCAGACUCCCAGGUUUCCCCACAGGAAUUUGCUCUCCAAGCUGCAGGACAGACCUUUCCUCCUGCAGCUUUUCCAGCCCGUGCAAUGGGGACUCUGCAGCAGCUCCAGGCAGGAAAACAGGCGGGAGCUGGCGGGCAGCCCGAGCUGCAGCUGGCAGGGAAAGCAGAGAGCACCCAGAGGAGGAGCUCUGUCCUGGAGCCACAGGGGACUGCAGAAAGGAAAAAUGCAAAACAAAGCACUCAGGAAGGCAGAAUUCCUAUUUUAUCCC